AUGUACUUUGCUACUCCUUUAAACGCUGUGACGAUAACCGGCCGAGCGGUAAGCUCAUAUAUUUCUGUGUUGCUUCCACAGGGCUCGGGUGUGAUCAAAGCAGGUUUUGCAGGUGAUCAAAUACCGAAAUACUGCUUUCCCAACUAUGUGGGCAGACCAAAGCACACUCGUGUUAUGGCUGGUGCUUUAGAAGGGGACAUUUUCAUCGGUCCAAAGGCAGAGGAGCACAGAGGUCUCCUCUCGAUCCGGUACCCGAUGGAGCAUGGCAUAGUGAAGGACUGGAAUGACAUGGAGCGCAUUUGGCAGUAUGUGUAUUCAAAAGACCAGCUCCAGACGUUCUCAGAGGAGCAUCCUGUGCUGCUGACAGAAGCACCCCUAAACCCACGCAAGAACAGAGAACGUGCUGCUGAGGUGUUUUUUGAGACCUUCAAUGUGCCAGCACUAUUCAUCUCCAUGCAAGCCGUGCUCAGCCUCUACGCGACUGGGAGGACUACAGGGGUGGUGCUGGACUCCGGGGACGGGGUCACCCACGCCGUUCCCAUCUAUGAAGGCUUUGCCAUGCCCCACUCCAUCAUGCGGAUCGACAUCGCUGGCCGCGACGUCUCGCGCUUCCUGCGCCUCUACCUCCGGAAGGAGGGCUACGACUUCCACACCACCUCCGAGUUUGAGAUUGUCAAGACCAUCAAGGAGCGUGCCUGCUACCUGUCAAUAAACCCCCAGAAGGACGAGACUCUGGAGACCGAGAAGGCUCAGUACUACCUGCCAGAUGGAAGCACUAUUGAGAUCGGCUCUGCCCGUUUCCGAGCCCCAGAGCUGCUGUUCCGGCCAGACCUGAUAGGGGAGGAAUGCGAAGGUCUCCAUGAGGUGCUUGUUUUUGCCAUCCAAAAAUCAGACAUGGACCUGAGGCGAACCCUGUUCUCCAACAUCGUGCUGUCUGGAGGCUCUACGCUUUUCAAAGGCUUUGGUGACAGACUGUUGAGCGAAGUGAAGAAGCUGGCUCCGAAGGACGUCAAAAUAAGGAUAUCAGCUCCUCAGGAGAGAUUGUAUUCCACGUGGAUCGGUGGCUCUAUCCUGGCCUCACUGGACACCUUUAAGAAAAUGUGGGCUUCGAAAAAGGAAUAUGAAGAAGAUGGAGCUCGUGCCAUCCACCGAAAAACCUUCUAGCCCUGGGACCUGUCCUCAGUCUCCUCCGAAGACUCACUUCAGUUCUAAACUCGCUUUUCUGAGUCCGAGUGUCUGAGAGCUGCCUGUGUGUGUGUGUGUGCGCCAGCAUGCCCCGAUGUCACUGAGCAAAGACAACAGCAGCAGGAGGGUUGUAUUAGUACUACUAACUUCUUAUUUUUUUAUUUUAUUUUUGUCUUUUUUUUUUUAAUGGAAGGGAGAAAAUACCAGUCCGAAUUUCUCCAGAAUGGCCCAUUCCUUUUUAAUUUCAGUCCCUUAACUUCUGUAUCGCAAUCAUGUUGUCGCUGUAAAACAAACAAGCAAGCAAAAACAAAGGGAACAGUUUAUAGCAACCGCCUAGCAAGCCAGAGGGGAGCCAACCACCACAGACUGCCCACGCAGGCUUUGGCCAGCCCGACUGCAAGGCCUGGAUUGUCUGGAAACACCGCUGAGGCCCCAUAGCUACUUUCUUCUUCAGCAGCCUCUUCACCGUCAGUAGGGUUUUUUGUUUAUAAUAUAUUUUUUAUUAAGAGAGAGCACAUUCUCAACAGUUAAGUCCAUUUGCCCCCACUGUUUUUGGUGCGUGUGUGUGUGUAUGCGUGCGUAACUUCUUAGCCUGAUGUGUGGGUCUGCACCACAGCUGGAGAAGUUGGUGAUAGGACUUAGUUUGUAUUGCAUGGAGUAGAACAAAGCAAAUCUAAUCAGCUAUCAUUGUACUAGACGGUUAUUCUCUCGUACCUUGUUUUAAAUACCUUUUCUCCUCUGGAAGCAAGUGCCCCAGAAUGGGGGUGAAGGCACUUGUGUGUUUCCCCUCAACCUGCCAAGAUUUACAGUGCUGAGUUCUCAUGUUAUUUCUCUGUAAGAGUCGAGGCUGUUCCCCUCCUUCCUGCCACGUCAGGGCAAAGGAAGCAUGUACUUGCAGCCAGGCAUAACUCCUAUGUACUUUAUCCAUUCUGGGUCAAAAUAAUAAUUGGAAAGGUGCAUUGUAAUGUAAGAAUUGUUUUAUUUAUUGAAAUGUCUGAGGAUAUCUCAAAAUACUGACUGCAGCACCUGGGAAUUA